GGAGUGCAGCUCCCCCCCGCGCGUCCUUCUGCAGCACCACUCACUCAGCAUACCUGCUCCUCUCUGCUGCUCAGUUCCACUCAGAUAACCACUGUAUAUCGCCAUGGGUGUAGAAGUUGAGACGAUAUCACCAGGAGACGGAAGAACCUUUCCAAAGAAGGGACAGACAUGUGUAGUGCAUUAUAUAGGAAUGCUGCAGAACGGAAAAAAGUUUGACUCCUCACGAGACAGAAACAAGCCCUUUAAAUUUAAAAUCGGCCGACAGGAAGUCAUCAAGGGCUGGGAGGAAGGUGUUGCACAGAUGAGUCUAGGCCAGCGGGCGAAAAUCACCUGCACUCCAGAUAUGGCAUACGGAGCCACAGGGCACCCUGGGGUCAUCCCUCCUAAUGCCACACUCAUAUUCGAUGUGGAGCUGCUAAAGCUGGAGUGAAUCCUCCUCUUAAGAAGGAAGAAACUCUAACCCUCUGCCCCAUCAUGGAAAUGCUUCCCGUAAAUUUAGGGUCUCAAACUACACACUCGGAAUAUCCUCGUCUUCGUUGCCAUCUCGUGCUGCAUAUUUCACCUAGCUCAUU